AUGGGCAUGGGUUACGGCGAUUUUAGUUUCUGGAACCGAGCUGAUGCAGUGUCAAAGGGGCGAUUCUCAUACUGCUUACAAUUGCCGUCAGCCAAAGCAGCUGGUGGUUCACCCAUGUUCCUUCGAUUUGGAACCGACGUGGUUGAACCAUCAGGAAUGAAAUCGACACCGUUACAACGCUUCCAAGACCGUUCAACGUACUACUUAACCCUCGAAGGGAUCACUGUAGGCCCUCAACGACUAGAUGUUGAUCCCUCAAUGUUCCAACUAAUCGCAGAUGGUAGAGGAGGGUGUAUCAUAGACUCGGGGGCCGCAACCUCGUACAUUGUCUCGGAAGCUUACGGAAAGUUUUUAGAUGCUGUUUCGAACGUCAUUGAAACAAGCAAUCACAAUGUGAGGAAGAUGGAUCAGCCGGAAUUGGGACUUAGGCUUUGUUACGAACGUAUUGCGGAUCCGAUUGACAUUAAGGUUCCAAUUAUUACGUAUCAUUUUGCUAAUAAUGCGGACUUGGUUAUACCACCACCUGCGAGCUUUGUCAUCAGCCAAGCCAGUAGCGGAAAUGCCAUGGUUUGUUUGAUGUAUCUCGAAAGUACACAAGAAGAACAUAAUAGUGUUACAUACUUGGGAGCGUACCAGCAGAUGAACCAACGGAUUUUAUAUGAUAAUCAUGUUGGCCAGUUACUCUUUGCACAAGCAGAUUGUUCAAUGGCUAAUUAA